GUGUGGCCAGACCACGCCCCACCACCACCGCCACCACCAGCGGAGCCAGCAACCACCGCCGCACCCCCUCCCCUCCUCCCCGUCCCGCACGCUCCCGCUGAUCUUUUUCCCUUCCUUCUUUCCAACUGGCAAGCAACCGCCCCGCCCCGCCCCGCCCCUCUCCCCCACCAACGAGCGAGCGAGCGCCGAGCGGGACAGCCAGAGCGAAAGCGGCCGCCUUUGCUGCAAAAGCGCGCACUGCCGCAUCCCUCUCUCUCUCUCGUAGCUGCUUCUUUCCCCCGCACUCUUUUCGUUUUGGUUUCCCGCCCCUGAAGCCCAGGGGGGAUUUGAGAGGGGAGGGAGCGAGGCGGCUCUCGCCGGCGGGGACGACCAACCACAUGGAGGCGCCGGCGGCGGCGGCGGCUGAGCCCUUGGAGUAUGAGCUGCGACAAGAGCUCUCCGACAUCAUGCUCCAGGGCUACAUUACCGGUCUGCGCCGCGAGUUCGAGGCGAAGCUAUGCGAGAAUCACAACCGUAUCAGCACACUGAGCAAGAGCUGCAGGGAAAACGUUUCAGAGAUCGCCGCUCUACGAGACGAGCUCACCGGCAUCCUGACAGCCGUGGCAGCCUCAGAGUCCAGCGUGCUCCCUCCCCACAGCAGCCUCGAGAAAGCCGAGGAGCCGAACUCUCUCAAGAUGAGAGAUGACAAUGACAUCCCGGACUUCUCGCUCCUGAAGCACCUGAGCGGCGAAGAGAUCACGACGUUUUUGAAGUCCGAAUGGCUCAAGUUGCGAAGGGAGCACGAGAAGGAACUGCAGCAGACGACCGAGGAGCUGUUCAGGCUGAAAAGGCAUUUUGCAAAGGAUGGAGCUGUGCUGCCUUUUAGGAAAGAGAGGGAGCUUGAGUUCAUCAAAUCGAAGCUAGUUCAGACUAUCUCCAAAAUGGAUGGCAUUAUCUCGAGGAAAGAGGGGCCUUCUUUUGAUUACAACGAGGAUCACGAGCUGUGCAGAUUGAAGGACAAAAUUGGUUCUUUGCUCGACGAAAAUGAGCAUCUCCAAGUUUUGCUGUCCGACAAAAGAAAGGAAGCUAAGCAGCUCUCUUCGCAAGUAGUCGACGCACAAAGCAAUGUCUCGCGCCACUCGCUGUCCGAGUCAAAACUCAACGAUGAGCUUCAAGAUCUGAAGAUUGAGGGUCACUUGAAAGAGCUAUUGGAACUGUCUGUAUUAAGAGAAGUUUUUGGCAGUUAUGAAAAUCAGAUUGAUGAUCACCACCAGGAGGAGUGCCUCCUCAGAGAGUUGCUUAUGGAGAAAGAAGAGCGGUUACUUACCAUGUCUGGGGAUAGACAUAAGCUCAAGUAUGAAAAUGACCAGUUUAUAUCUAUGGUAGGAUCGAAACUGGUUCAGCACCAUGAGGAAUUCGAUUUGGUUAACGACGAGCUUACGAUGUUCAGGGAGAAGGUGUGCGAGCAAGAGCUGCUGAUCUUGGAGUUCAAAGGCGAGUCGAGCUCGAUGAAGAGCUGUCUGGAUGAGGCCAUCCAGCAAAUCCAUGUGUGCAAGCAAGAGAUAGUUGGGCUGACUGAUAGCUUAGCUUCCAUGUCUGUUGCUUUGGAGGAAGCGAAAGAGCAAAAUGCCUCGCUCGAUGCGACUAUCAGGGAAAUGAAGAGAGCAGCAGCACCAUGCACCGAUGGUCAUAUAGGAGAUGAUGCAGGCCCCCUAGAGCAAUUCACCCUUGUUAGUAUGGAGAAAUUGUCUAAAGCAUACAGUGAUUUCGAAAGCAGAGUAGCGCAAACUAUGAAACAAAAUGAUAUAAGGUUGACUAGAAUAAUUCGUCAGUUUAACCCAUUGGUGCAGCAAGUUGCUGUAUUAAAGAAGAAGGAAUUCUGGUAUAAACAAAUACUCGAGAUCAAAUGCUCAAAUCUCGAAAAAGCAGAAGCUGAGGUUGAUGUACUUGGCGAUGAGGUCGAGACCCUCUUACAUGUUCUUGGUAAAAUCUAUAUAGCACUUGACCAUUACUCUCCUGUCCUGAAGCACUACCAUGGGGUGACGGAGAUUCUGAAUCUAGCGCAUAAGGUGUUGAAAGGAGAAAGUAUUGAGCAAUACAACAUUUUGUUAAAACAUUAACAGCAGAUGAAUACGUUUGCUUGGACAAGUGACUUACAGGAGGAACAACAGAUGUUAACAUAUAUAGAUAGUUGCAGUGAAAGUAGCAGACAGCAUUAUUCGAUUGCUAGUGUGACUAGGCCAGGGUGAUCUCUUUUCUUAGGUUUCAUUUGUAGCAGUGUGCAGUUUGUAGUUGUCGUUGCACAUCCUUAGGGUUUAUUGGUGUUCGCUAUAGCUUUUAGGUUGAGUUGUGGGUGCCCCAUUUCUCUGUUUUCCGAGAAAAUCGGGUGAUUGUUUCUCUGCUUGCAGCAAGGCAGCUUUGUUAUAGUCCCAGCCUGUAUUGUCAGUGACUGUAUAAGUCAGUCCUAGUUUGCAUUGUAUUGACUGCGGUUAUGUAUCUGUAAGUUGUAACUAGUGCCCUUUUCCAAAAAAAGUUGUAACUAGUGCAGUUUUUUUCAGGGCAACUUGUGCAGUGUUCUGCAGUCCUGCAUGAAUUGUAUUAGUGACAACCUGUUAAUGGAAGCAUUUGGCCAAA